CUGCCCGUCUGGCAGCCCGACAACCCCUCCUUCGGCGACAAGGCCGCCCGCGCCAUCGUCUACUUCGUGGCCAUGAUGUACAUGUUCCUGGGGGUGUCCAUCAUCGCCGACCGCUUCAUGGCCUCCAUCGAGGUCAUCACCUCCAAGGAGAAGGAGAUCACCAUCACCAAGGCCAACGGGGAGACCAGCAUCGGCACCGUGCGCAUCUGGAACGAGACGGUCUCCAACCUCACCCUCAUGGCUUUGGGUUCCUCGGCCCCCGAGAUCCUCCUCUCCGUCAUCGAGGUCUGCGGCCACAACUUCCAAGCGGGCGAGUUGGGACCCGGCACCAUCGUGGGCAGCGCCGCCUUCAACAUGUUCGUGGUCAUCGCCGUCUGCGUCUACGUCAUCCCCAGCGGCGAGAGCCGCAAGAUCAAGCACCUGAGGGUCUUCUUCGUCACCGCCUCCUGGAGCAUCUUCGCCUACAUCUGGCUCUACCUGAUCUUGGCCGUCAUCUCCCCCGGGGUGGUGCAGGUCUGGGAGGCCCUCCUCACCCUCAUCUUCUUCCCCGUCUGCGUGGUCUUCGCUUGGGCGGCCGACAAGCGCCUCCUCUUCUACAAGUACGUCUACAAGCGCUACCGCGCCGACCCCCGCAGCGGCAUCAUCAUCGGCACGGAGGGCGAGCUGCCCAAGGGCAUCGAGAUGGACGGCGGCUUCCCGGGUGAGCUGGACGAGAGCCGGCGGGAGGUCAUCCAGAUCUUGAAGGACCUCAAGCAGAAGCACCCGGAGAAGGAGCUGGAGCAGCUGGUGGAGAUGGCCAACUACUACGCUCUGCUCCACCAGCAGAAGAGCAGAGCCUUCUACCGCAUCCAGGCCACCCGCAUGAUGACCGGCGCCGGCAACAUCCUCAAGAAACACGUGGCCGAGUUCUCCAAGAGGUCCUCCACCCUCCUGGAGGUGCCCUCGGACGCCGAGGAGGAGACCUGCAGCCGGAUCUUCUUCGAGCCUUGCCUCUACCACUGCCUGGAGAACUGCGGCUCGGUGACGCUCUCGGUGGCGUGCCAGCAGGGCGCCGAGGCCAACCACACCUUCUACGUGGACUACAAGACGGAGGACGGCUCGGCCAAGGCGGGUUCCGACUACGAGUACAGCGAGGGGACGCUCAUCUUCAAGCCGGGGGAGACGCAGAAGGAGCUGAAGAUCGGCAUCAUCGACGACGACAUCUUCGAGGAGGACGAGCACUUCUUCGUCCGCCUCCUCAACCUCCGGGUGGGCGACGCCGAGGGCAUGUUCGAGACGGAUUCGGCCGAGCACCCCAAAGGUCGCUUGGUGGCCCCUCUGGUGGCCACCGUCACCAUCUUGGACGACGACCACGCCGGCAUCUUCACCUUCCAGGACCGGCUGCUGCACGUCAGCGAGUGCCAGGGGACGGUGGAGGUGACGGUGGUGCGCAGCUCGGGCGCCCGCGGCACCGUCCUCCUGCCCUACCGCACCCUGGAGGGGACGGCCCGCGGUGGCGGCGUCCACUACGAGGACGCCUGCGGAGAGCUGGAGUUCCGCAACGACGAGACCGCCGGGGCGGUGGGAGCCUUCGUUAGCGCGGUCGCCGACGGUGACCGUAAGCUCUCGGCGGAGGAGGAGGAGGCCCGGCGCAUCGCCGAGAUGGGCAAACCCAUCCUGGGGGAGAACUGCAAACUGGAGGUCAUCAUCGAGGAGUCCUACGACUUCAAGAACACGGUGGACAAGCUGAUCAAGAAGACCAACCUGGCCAUGGUCAUCGGGACCCACUCCUGGCGGGAGCAUGUCCUGGAAGCCAUCACCGUCAGCGCAGCCGACGGUGACCGUAAGCUCUCGGCGGAGGAGGAGGAGGCCCGGCGCAUCGCCGAGAUGGGCAAACCCAUCCUGGGGGAGAACUGCAAACUGGAGGUCAUCAUCGAGGAGUCCUACGACUUCAAGAACACGGUGGACAAGCUGAUCAAGAAGACCAACCUGGCCAUGGUCAUCGGGACCCACUCCUGGCGGGAGCAGUUCCUGGAAGCCAUCACCGUCAGCGCAGGUGAGGAGGAGGAGGACGACGACGGGCGGGAGGAGCGGCUGCCCUCCUGCUUCGACUACGUGAUGCACUUCCUGACGGUCUUCUGGAAGGUCCUCUUCGCCUGCGUCCCCCCCACCGACCCACCUUACUGCAACGGCUGUGCCUGCUUCGGCGUCUCCAUCCUCCUCAUCGGCAUCCUCACCGCCCUCAUCGGCGACCUGGCCGCGCACUUCGGCUGCACCGUCGGCCUCAAGGACUCCGUCAACGCCGUCGUCUUCGUGGCCCUCGGCACGUCCAUCCCCG